UAUACUGCUUAGUACUUAGCAGCUUGUAUUAAGCGCUCUUGCCCGGGCCAAGUCAUUAUUUACGACCUUGCGACCGUCGAAACUAUAGGGACACACUCCGCAACAAUAUAACCAGCAGUUUAUCACUAGCUUCUAAGCGCUUGCGCAUUACGCUUUCAAGUUUUAAUUCGCUUUUUGCCUAUCUUGAUACUGCGUAUAUUUAGGUACUUUCUAUCAGCAUAAUUACGUCGCAAACGAGUCCUCGCAUCAUAAGGCUUUAAUCUAGUUUCGUGUUUUACCGAAGCUGGAAAACACCUAAGCGCCUCGGUGAGGCGGUUUUUGCUGACAAGUCGAAAUAUCUAUGGCAAAUCACCACCCGUCGCCACAGAUGGCGAUGCAAAUGCAGCACCAUGGCCCGCAAGUAGCUGUUGCUCCUCCCGGCCCGGCCCAGGGGAGUCAAUGGGCUCCGUCGCGACAUAUUGUUGCGGUUAAUGAAGCACUCUGGAUGCAGAUUGGUAGUUUCUCUGAACUCCUUGGCAACCUAGACGAAGCCAUGAACGCCUACGAGCACGCGUUGGUCGCGAACCCGAGCUCUAUCCCCGCGAUGAAUGCAAUCAGCCUAAUCCUGAGGACGCGUGAGGAUUUCCAUAAGGCGGUAGAGUUCUUGCAAGGUAUACUGAAGAUAGAUCCAAACAAUGGCGAAGUCUGGGGUAGCCUAGGGCAUUGCUACCUUAUGAUGGACGAUUUGCAGCAAGCUUAUGCUGCUUAUCAAUCUGCUUUGGUUAAUUUGCCGAACCCUAAAGAACCUAAGCUGUGGUAUGGCAUCGGUAUUUUAUACGAUAGAUAUGGUUCUCUCGACCAUGCCGAAGAAGCUUUUUCGCAGGUCAUGCAAAUGCAGCCAGACUUCGAGAAGGCAAACGAGAUUUAUUUCCGGCUUGGUAUAAUUUACAAACAACAAUCAAAAUACGGCCCAAGCUUAGAGUGUUUCAAGUAUAUCGUAAACUCUCCGCCGCCGCCAUUGACCGAAGAAGAUAUCUGGUUCCAAAUUGGACAUGUUCAUGAACAGCAGAAAGAUUAUGAUAGUGCUAAGGCAGCCUAUAUGCGUGUCCUUGAACGUGACCCGAACCAUGCCAAGGUCCUGCAGCAAUUGGGUUGGCUCCAUCAUCAGCAAAGCAGUAGCUUUCAGACCCAGGAACGGGCUAUCGAGUACCUGGAGAAAUCUGUCGCGGCGGACAAUAACGACGCCCAAAGCUGGUACCUCCUUGGCCGAUGUUACAUGUCACAGCAGAAGUAUCCCAAGGCGUAUGAAGCAUACCAGCAAGCGGUGUAUCGUGACGGACGGAACCCUACAUUCUGGUGCUCCAUUGGCGUGUUAUAUUACCAGAUCAAUCAGUACCGCGAUGCUUUAGAUGCAUAUUCUCGGGCGAUUAGGUUGAACCCGUAUAUAUCUGAAGUUUGGUAUGAUCUGGGUACUCUAUAUGAAUCUUGUAACAACCAGAUCAAUGACGCUCUAGACGCCUACCAGAGGGCCGCCGAAUUGGAUCCCGCUAACCCACACAUUAAGGCGAGACUUCAGCUUCUAAGGGCUGGUCAAACUCCGGGAAGCCUCCCACAAGCUGUGCCCACUGACGUCCAUCCCCAAUCCUACGGCGCUCAGGGACCACAGGCGCCUGCAUGGACUGGCUCUGCUCCAAUGCAGCAAUCCGGACCCGGCCCUCACAGACCGCCCCCGGGGCCUGCCGCAGCCAACGGUUGGGGCCAAAGAACCAGUGAUAUCAACCCACCACAACCACCUAAUCCCUAUGAGCAGCGCGAGCCCUUUCGCGGGCCGCCACCUCCACUCCCGCGACAGCCUAGCCCUAGGCAAGAGAUGAGGCAGUACGGAGAGUCAAGCCGUCCAGGUCCAGCACCGAUUCGGAGAGGUCCUUCUCCAGGCCCACCCACCCAAUACGCACCCCCUUUACCAGGACCGUCGCAGCAACCCCCUCCGCCGCCUACACAAGGACCGGCUAGAGUUAAUAAUCCGAAUUAUACGCCAGCACCUUCCUCAAACAUGGGUCCCACGAAUGGCCCGCCUAAUGGCGCCCCGCCGCACUCUCUAAUGCCUUACCGUAAUGGUUCCCCUCGUUCGGAACCAAGACUCCUCCAUGACAACCGCAUGCCGUCACCAAAAUCGGCUUACCCUCAGCAUCAACCCCCGUUUCCUCACCAGCAAGAGCCGGGAAUGCCGGGCAAUAUGGAACCAGGCCCUCACCCAAAAGGGGUAAUUGGACCCGAUAUUCAUCGGGAUCACGAUAGACCGUCCUCAGUAGCGCCCAAGAGGAUGCGAGAGUGGGAAGACGAGCCUGCCAUAAAAAAACCUGCGAACGAGGAGACUCGGGCUCGCAUGGAAGAUAUACGUCACCGACGACAAUCCACUCCACCGCGGGAUCCUUACCGUCGUUCUCCUAAUACUCACCAGUUUGAAGAACAACGGCGCAUUGAGGAGCAGCGACGCGUCGACGAACAAAGACGACUCGAAGAAAUGCGACGUGUUGAAGAGCAACGGCAUGCGACCGAAAGUUAUCAUCCAUCAGAUGCCGCUCAUCAUCCACCAGCACACGCAAUGCCAAACCAUCUACCUCCUAUGCAGCAGGGUCCACCUCCUCCAUUGCCAGGCUUAAUUCACGACGGAUCGCAGCCAAGCCCUGCCCCAAAAGACUACCCCCAAGAUGAGCGGCAGAGACUCGAGCAUCCACCAGCUCCUACCCCAUCACAGAUAAAUGAACCAGAGCGGGCUGCCAGAAAGAUGGAUGUUGAUGAUGAUUACGACGAUAGUGGGGAAGAAGAGAAGAAGGUGGGCGUUAAUGGCGCGGUAUCGGGGCCGGGCUCAACAUCUGGAGACUUAAAGAAUACGACACCAACCAGCGCCAGCAUCAAUGGAAUAAUGGGACCUACACCUAAAGCGGAGGGUAACGCCUAGGAAAGAAAGACGGCAGCAUUUGGUAACAAGCCAACAAAUGCUGAGCUUCGAUACAUACCAUUUCAUUGUUCAGGAUUAUUUCAAAGCUACCUAUGUAUAUCAAUGGCCGAGUUGGCGAGCAGCCUUCUGUUAGAUACUGGCAAGGCGAGAAGAAGUCUGUCUAUCGUUUCUAAACAUGUGCUUUAUCGGUUCAAUAAACUCAAAAAUCCUUUCUAAAGUAUUUCGCCCCAGACCUACGUGCACUGCCGAUAUGAUGAUAACCCGCAAGUUCUAUAUACCUAUAUGUACGUAGUAGGUUACCUAGGUACUCGUAAUAGGAAAUGGACCUUUAAAAAAUGAUUCGUUAACAAAAGCUUGAAGAUCAUUUUAGUGGGGUUGGAAAAGCUCUCUAAUUACAUAUAUGGUCCGAGCUUUAGGGUUCCUCUAUUUGCCUUUCCUCCCACAUUCGGUUAUUUGCCGGGA